AUGUGUUUCUGUCAGUUACUCAGUCAGCUUUGUUCAAAGCUCUUUAUUAAGUUUACUCAUGUAAUCAUCAGGUCAAGCCACCUUGGUGUGACUGAUAAUCAAAAACGAUGGCUUGUGGUGGGAAUUGCACUCAACAAGAUCCUCAUACCACAGAUACGUCCAUUUGUACAACAAGGAAUCAACACUGAAUACCAUAAACUAAAGACCAGCUGCAAUAUCCAUGGACAGACUACAUCUGGUCGUCUUCGGAAGUGGCCUCCAGGAAAGUUGUUGAAAUACGAGAACAUCAAUGGAAAUGAUGUUCAUCGCAGACGUUCCGAUGGGCGAUUAAAUUACUCUUUGUUUGAUUGUCGAGUGGCAUCUGAUGUAGACUUUGCUAGGCUAUAUGUUGAGAACUACAUGGCAAAAUUUACUGCCUUUGAUGAUCACUGUGAUGCAUCUGCUGUAUUGUCUUUGCUUGGUUGGGUUCCUGUAUUCUCUCAUGCAGUUCAAAGUGCAGCGGGUGUUGUCAGAAAGGCACGAAAUGAUUGGGCACAUUGUGUCUUCAGUAAAUGGGAUCUAGCCAAGUUUCAGCAAAGUUUUAUUGAGAUGGAUCAACUAGUAAGGAGUAUGAAUCUGCCACAUUCAGAUGAAAGUAAAAUUUGUGGAGAAUUGAAGGAUUGGGAAAUGAAAGGUAAUUAAAACAAUAAUUAUUAUUGCAUAUGGGCGGUAUGGAUUGACUGUAAUUUUAUACCAGAUCAUGUGACUGAAUCAAUGUUUAAACUGACGCUAAUGGGCUUUCAUCAGUUGGGGGUACCGUAAACGUCCAUGUAUAAGCUGCACUUUUCACAAAAUUGAAGCCAAAAAUCAAGGGUGUGGCUUAUCCAUGGAUACAUCUGUGUUUGGAGUUCUCAAAAACCUAAUUAAUAUUCAUAAAACUUCUUAAGAUGCCAACAAAUAAACAUAAAAGAAACUGAGAGCAUGUUGCUGUAGUUGUUGCUCCUAAAGGAGCCGUUUGUGUCUUCGAGUGUUUAUCGGUGAAUCUUGCUCUCCAAGAGUUCUUUCAAGCAAUCAAUUUUUGCUUUACUAAUCAAUCUAGAGAAAGAUACUAAUCAAUCUCAUUAACAAGCAUAUUGAAUGGACCAAGGGAAGACAUGGUUAAUAAGCUAGGAAGUAGUGAUGUCCUAUCUUGUGGCCCACUUUCCAUCUAUAUUAUGUUAUAUAAUAAGCUCAGUUAUGCAUGCAUUCUGAUUGGUUCUCACUUAUGAUCUAUUGGAGGACAGACGUAUAGAUGACGUCAUCAUUAAAACUUUUUUUAAUUCUUUAUCAUAUAAAACAAAUAGAUUCCAAGUUACCGUGCAUCUGUUCAGUAAUAGAUCUCAGAGGAUGUCAAAAUGUGGUGAGAACAUCAGUGACACACUCGAUGCACCUCAUGAGCCACUUUUUUGUUCUUACCACAUUUUGACAUCAUCUGUGGUCUAUUACUGAACAGAAGCACGGCAACUUGGAAUCUUUUAGUUAACUAGAGUACAUUUGAGUUUUCCUUCAGUUACAAGGAAGCAGACAUAUCAUAAUUUUGACCUUCUUUCUUUGAUAAUUCAAUGAUGUGUCCCAGUUUGGAAAAAGGGCAUUCACCUGAUUAGUAUGGGAUGAUUUCAGCUCAUCUUGAUUUGUUUUGUCAUGUGGACCCAAUCUCUAGUGUGGAAAUUUGUAUGUUGGGGAAUAGAAUGUUAAUUGUCAUCAUUGUUGUACCAAGCCAAUCAAUUAGGAUUCAAACAUUUAUUGUCUUUGUUUUAUAUGUAAAUACCUUCUUUAAUGCCAGUGAUUUUUUUUUAGAUUAUAAUCACCAGGAGAGUCAGAACUCUACAUUUGUCAUUAAAUUUAGUAUGAUCAACUGAGUUGAUAACACAAACUUUUCACUGUAAAGAGUUUUAAAGAUGGUGUUUUCAAUGUUAGCCCCUUGUCAGAGAAAAUGAUGCAGCACCACAGUUUCUUUAGAAACAUAGUACCCCCUUUAUUCAACUGUCAUUAAAUGUCUAUUUGUUAUCAUAAGUUCUAUUAUUUACUUCUAAACUUACUCAGACUGCUUGUUUCUUCUUGCAUUUGAUGUUGUUGCUGCAGGGACACAGCUCUGCAUGAAUUCUCCAGUAGACCCUGCAUUGCUACAACUGGUUCAACAGGAGGUUAAAUCACUCCAAGAUAGUUUUGACAACAUGAGUUUGGCAUGUGAGGCAGAAAAAGUAAAAAUAAACCAGGAAUUGGAAAAAUUGCAGUUUCUUUGGAAGAGAUGAAACAGAGACUGCAUAGGUUAGAGACCGGACAACGGACCUUGGAGCAUCGUGCUGAUCUUGCUGAUGGCAGAAUGGAUGAUUUUGAAGGUGUGCCCUGGUGAAAUGAACCAGUUGACUAUUGCUAAUGUUAUAAUGUGACUGAACAGUCUGUUUUGACUGUUUAUUCUGAAUGAUAGAUAUAUCCUGCUGGAACAAUUUCCAGCAUAUUCUUUUGGCAUAUUCAUUUAUUUUGAUCUUCUUCAACCAGGACAAAAAACACCCAAAAACUUGUAAUCAAAGUUACAUGAUUGAUUAAAAAUUUUAGGAAAAUGAUGUCAUCACCUGCAAACUGAACUUUGAAGGAAAAUUUUGUAACCUUACAAACUAAAAAAAAAAAAAAAUUAAAAAACCCAGGAAUGCCUCCAGUAGAGAUUGUUGAUCAAAACAUAUAUACAAUUUUUUUGCAUCCUUUCCUACAAAAAAAAACUAUUGAUAAAAAUGAUUGUUUGGCUCCACCAUGAAUACCCAUGAAUACAUACCAAAAUACCAGCCCUCAAGUGCAAUAAUCAAUCAAUAACUGUUGAAUAGAAAAGAUGUGAUGGAAAAUACCCACUAAUUUUAUCCCUGAUGUCAUCAGAUAAGCUGUCAGGUUCUUUCAUUUUUUCCUCUAAUGAAAAAUAAGAUCAUUCUGCUGAGCAAUCUUUUUCCCAAUGAUAUUUUGACAUGACACAUUCUUUUCCUGAUUUUUGACAUGACAUAUUCUUGUUGCAGGACAAGUACACAAGAGAUUGAAGAAGCUUGAAAACAUCCAGCAAAGCAAAGAUAGAGUCAAUGUUCUGGUUGAGGAGAGAGUGAAUGUUGUUGAAGACAAUGUGCAUCGUCUGCAAGGUUAUUGAUUGCUAUGAAUGAAACAAAAACUUCCUAAUACAUGACUUUUCUUUGAUUGCAGGUGAUUUUGUACAUUGAUUCAAUUCAGUUGGUGUGUUUUGUAAGCUUCUAGUACAACUAGUAUAUAUUCAAGAUGGGACAAGUCCCCAAGGAUUAUUUCAGUGUGAAUGACCAGUUCCUUUAACACGUACUUCAUAGACAAGGCUAAUCUUAAAAUUGAGGGUUGUUUCAGACCAAAUUUUGGUCCUCUUGAGUGUAUUGAAUGUAUGUGUUAUGGAUAGUUCAUAUGAAGGAGCUAAUUGCAAUUAAUUCUACAAGUCCUGGCAGCAUACCAUGCUGAGAAUGCUAAUAUGAAUUUGCAGAGUUGCAAACAGUUAUUCUUGAGAAGAUGUCACAACUAAAUUAUGGUUUGAUAAACACUUUUGAUUCUCUGGAUGACUUGUGAAAUGUUGCACUCUGAUGAAUAGAUUUUACUGAAUUAUUUUCUUGUCAAAUAUAGAAAAAAUGGAGGACCUGACAACUUCCAAAGGAUCAGACAUAACCAUGUCAUGUCAAGAAAUUCCCAUUGAGACACCUGGUAAGUUUUCUGCAUGUACAAUGAUGAUUCCCAUCGACCAGUUUAAGCAGUUUUUAGCCUGAUAAUAUCGAAGAGAUGAGUAGAAUUUUGUUGCUGUGGAAUCUUCCUGUUGUGUUCAAUAAAACUUUAAAUUUCUGGUUGUAACCUUAUUUUCCUAUUUCAAUUAAUUUUUUGGGAUGGCAAAAUUAUGAUAAUUAUAAAUACAGAUAGACUACAUUACUAUUGUAGACUACAUAAAAUAAGAAUGUUUCAUGCAUUUAAAGUCAAACUGUUGAGAUUGCAUGCUUGUGUGCUGAAAUCAAAUCAGGCUAUUAUUGAAGGAGACCCUGAUCCCUUUUGCCUUGCUCAGUUUUAGCUGUCUCAAUUUUAGCUUUUUUGAAUACACUUUCCAUAUCCAUGUUUCUCAUGGGUUCCGUUUGCAAUUAUCUGGGUCUAGUGUAUGGCUCUUUUAUUUGUGAGUUUAUUGUGCAAGGUGACAGAUUUCUACCCACUAAAAAUAGUAAUGGAAUAUUAGAAAUCACAGUAGCUGCUAUAUGUUUUAAUUAAGGUUGAUUAAUUUGUUUGUUUGUUUGUUUUCUUUUGUUUUGUUCUCAGUCUUUCCUAAGCAACUGGCAGAUAUCAUUGGACGAAAUUACAAAGGUAAAGGUGCUGUACUGUGUCCAUUCCCAUGGUGUGAAGAUGAUCUGCAGCUGAAAUUGUCCAAGAUCUUUACAAGACUACAGAUAUUCAGCAAAGAGAAAGAACGAGCAAGGCUGACAGAUAAAGUUGUCCAAAUGACAGAUGCAUUCAUGCCACAUGAAGAAUGCGAGGAACCAAGAGUUGUGCUGAUUGAGGGGCAACCUGGGAUGGGAAAAACCACUUAUUGUCAGAAGCUUGCAUAUGAUUGGUCUGUGGAGUACAUAUCAGCCGAGGCCUGUUUUCCUCAAGUGAAGAUGCUACUUCUGUUGAAGUGUCGUGACAUGAAGACUGCUAACAUCGAAGAAGCUAUUGACGAUCAACUGUUGCCACUUGAUGCUGACAAGAAGGAAAAAGAAGACUUCUUUCAUUUCAUUCGCUGCAACCAAUCCAAAAUCUUAUUGGUUCUUGAUGGACUGGACGAAUUACCGGAGAAUCUCUUAAAAGGCCUCUUUCCCUUGAUUCAAAGAAAAAUACUUUCUAAUACUUACCUCAUGUUAACAGCUCGUCAUGAGGCAGGCAUGAGAGUCCGACGCCACUGUGACACCCUUCUCGAGAUUGUUGGCUUCACCAAGGAGGAUGCCGACAGUUACAUUACGAAGUAUUUCAGUAAUCACGAGGACCCGAGCCUUGCUGCCACAUUGAUUGAAAAAUUAGGUCGUGAAAAACAGCUUAGAGAGUUGAGUUCAAAUCCACUGAACACAGCCUUGUUGUGUUUGCUUUGUGAAGAUACAAAAGGAGUAUUUCCUUCAAAUCAAACCAAACUGUACGAUCAACUUGUAUCAUGUGCUGUUAGAAGAUAUUUUGCAAGGAAAGGUAUUCCCAUGGACUCAAAGGAUCCCCUUCAAACUUUUUCAGUUAACCUGAAUCAUUUAGGAAAGAUGGCCUUUGAAGCCCUGAAAGUGGACCGAAUGUAUUUCAGCAAAGAUGAGAUGGAUUAUCAGUCUGUCGAUUUCCUUCCGCUGUGCUUUCUUUCUCAGGAAGCUAGUGUCAGCAAACUCAGACCCAUUCCUUGCUUUUCCUUUACACACAAGACCUUUCAAGAAUAUUUUGCUGCAUAUCACUUGGCCCAGGAGAUUCUUUCGGGUGAUAAAGACACAGCUGUGGUUCUGUUAGCACACCUUAAUCCUGUCUUCAAGUACUGGCAACUAUGGAAGUUUCUCUUGACAAUGGUGGUAAGCAAGAGUGAAGACGGUGCGGGUUUGGUUAUUUCAGGUUUGUGUGAUGCUUUCCGAAGUCAGCAAAUUGAAGAGGAGGAUGAGGAAGAAAGCGACGAUGAUUUUGAUGAUUACGUUGAUGAUGACCGAAACUUUGACAUUUGCGACGACUUUUUGGAUGUUUUUCCUAGUAUUCAUCAGUUAUUCCGCUGGCCUUUAACUGAAGAUGAAAGAACGAGAGCUGACACUUUAAAAUCCGUUUUGAAUCUCAUUUCAGAAUGUGAAAGUGGUGACAAUGAACUGACUGAUGCUCAGAAGAAAAUGGUCCAAACUUUAGCUGUGUCCUUUCCAAUACAAAAAUUAGUCACCUUUAUUGGUGGCUCGGGUAUGCCCAGAAAUAUGCCGACUCUCUUUGAGUACUUAAAAUCUAAUUCUACAUUGACUCUCUUUUCUUGGCAUCAUGCCUGUACCGAGGCAUUACAGGAAGCAAUUGAACAUGUUCUCCAGUCUAAGUGCACACUGAAAUUUUUAGAUCUAAUGUCUAUUUCGUCGGAGGGCAUGGUUUGGGACACAAGAAACAAGCAUGCUCAUCUAACCGCAAUACUUGCACGAGCUCUUCGUUCAAACUGCACUCUAACGCACAUCAAUUUGCGGUGUCGUACCAUCUGCGGUCCUGGAGCAAGUGAAAUUGCAAAAGCCCUUCAAUCAAAUCUUACUCUGACUCACUUAAACUUACACGGAAAUACUAUUGACAACUGUGGAGCUGAGGAUCUUGCACAAGCUUUGCAGUCUAGCUGUGCACUAAAGUAUUUAGAUCUCAGCCAUAACGAGAUUGGCGACCAAGGCGCUGUUGCCCUUGCGAAGGCUUUGGAGUCCAACCGUACCCUAACCUAUUUGGAUUUAGAACAUUGGGAUUUUGUUGGAUUCAGCCCCAUGGAACUGCUUUUUUCAUUAGGAGGUUCAGACCCUAAAAGAAACAGAAUUGGCGACGCAGGAGCAGCAGCAUUUGCGGAAACUCUUCGUUCAAAUUCUGUGCUUGCACGUUUAAAUCUCCAGAACCAUAGGAUCGGCAACGCAGGAGCAGCAGCAAUUGGCCAAUCACUUAAAUCAAACUGCACCCUAACACACCUUUGUUUGAGAGGAAACAGAAUCGAAGGUGUCGGAGUUGCCACCCUCGGGGACGCUAUUCGGGUUAACUGUGGGCUUGUAAAUUUAGAUCUAAGAUCUAACAGUCUCAUCGAGAGUAGAGCCCAAGCAGCAUCUUUAGCACAAGGGUUACGACUGAACUCUGUGCUAACACAUUUGGACAUGAGACACAGCUUAAUAGGAACUCGUUUUGUAACUGUACUUGCAGAAAGUCUCAAGUCGAAUAGUACUCUUACUCACGUAGAUUUGUAUGGGAACAGGAUUAACUCUUCUGGCGCAGUAGCUCUUGCAAAAACACUGAAAACAAAUCCCACCUUGAGUCAUUUGAAUUUGCGGUGCAAUCGCAUUGGUGAUUCAGGAGCAGCUGAGUUUGUGGAAACUCUGCAAACUAAUGAUACGUUAAUCUUUUUGCAGACCUUUCUUGCGGAACAACAUAGAAUUCAUAUUUUGUAUAGGCAUGGUGUUUGCCAAUUUUAUGAAAAUUCAUAG